AAAAAGUUGCUGUCGGUCUAUACACCCCUAAAGGGAUCCGCUUCUAAAAGUACAACGCAUCAAAAGAGCUCCAUCACAAUGGCGUCCGACGCAACACCGUCAUUUUACGAAGAUAUUGACAAUCUCAAAAAGCUAUGCGACUUUUUAAGGGGUAAACACGGACCUCCGGUUCGUGAAGCUUUGUUAAUAGAGAAGCGCGUUCACUACAUGAAAGGUGAAAAACUCGUUAAUUUUUUGGUGGAACCAAAGAAGGGUACGAAAUGGCCGACCAAUCUACCCAAAUUUGCCAGCCGAUCAGACGCCAUUCUGGUUUGCAAAGAGCUGUGCAAACAGCAAUUUUUGCUAAGGUCCGAAAAGCGCGGCAAAGGAGAACUAGACGUUGCCCGUGUUCGUGAUUUCGACGAGGCUGGCUAUUUUACGUGGGUGUACGAAGGUGAUAAAACCAUGAGUCACCUUAUGUCGGCCGGUCUGAUUGUGGGGUUUCUCUUCUGCGUGUGUUUUCCGAUUUGGCCACAAUUUCUCCGCGUUUUUGUUUGGUACCUGUCCGUCACGUUGCUGCUUUUCAUCUUUAUCCUCGUGACUUUCCGGGCACUGGCAUUCUUAUUCAUUUGGAUCAUCGGCUUUGAAUUCUGGUUUUUGCCGAACUUGUUUGACGAGACUUUGAGCUUUGUGGACAGUUUCAAGCCAGUAUAUUCGUUCGACCCCGCAAAGCCUGGACAGCUACCCUACCGGAUUGGUGUAGCGGUGGCGUUUGGAUCGUUUUGUUACUGGGCCGUUACGCAGCCGUCGGAAUUUGAUGGUUUCCGGGCAGCUCAAGGGGAUUUCUUGAAGGAUCUGUACGCUGGCACCCUGCUAUCGGACAUGUCGCAAGAGGAUAAGGAGAAUAUCGACAAGCCAAAAAUACAAUCAUUAGACGAUCUUCUUAAAAGUUUGGACCAAGAUAUCAAAGAGAAUGCAGACUUCCUUUCGGAAGAAGACGAGGAUGAGAAGCUGGACUCUCUGCUCGAUAAUCUUGUUGAUAUUGAGGAAGACAUUGCGGAAGAAGAAGAGUAA